CCACGGCGGCCGCCCCCGCGCUGGGCUAUGGGUAUCACUUUGGCAAUGGAUACUAUAGCUGCAGGAUGUCCCACGGGGUUGGGAUACAGCAAAACGCCCUGAAGUCUCCCCCCCAUGCCUCCAUUGGCGGCUUCCCCGUGGAAAAGUACAUGGACGUCUCCAGCUUGACCAGCACGAGUGUCCCCGCCAAUGAAGUCUCCUCCAGGGCAAAGGAAGUGUCCUUCUACCAGGGCUAUACAACCCCCUACCAGCACGUUCCUGGGUACAUAGACAUGGUCUCAACGUUUGGCUCUGGGGAACCGAGACACGAAACAUACAUAUCAAUGGAGGGCUAUCAGUCUUGGACUCUGGCUAAUGGCUGGAAUAGUCAGGUUUACUGUGCCAAAGAUCAGACACAGAGCUCACACUUCUGGAAAUCGUCCUUUCCAGGGGACGUUGCACUAAACCAGCCCGAUAUGUGUGUCUAUCGGCGUGGGAGAAAGAAGCGAGUGCCGUAUACAAAACUGCAGCUUAAAGAACUCGAGAAUGAAUAUGCCAUUAACAAGUUCAUUAACAAGGACAAGAGGCGAAGGAUAUCCGCAGCCACAAACCUGUCUGAGAGACAAGUUACCAUUUGGUUUCAGAACAGGAGAGUGAAGGAUAAGAAAAUAGUUUCCAAACUGAAAGACAACGUAUCAUGAUACAUUAGCUGCGGACAGUGAUGAAAAUAUAAACUCGAUUUACAACCAGCUAAAGACUUUUGGAAAGACUUGAAAAUAUAUUUAAUUUUUUUUGUCCUUCCAGCUGCGGCGAAAUUUCGGGAAUUGUUUUCCGU